GGUUGUACUGUUUCCUCGAGUGGAAGGGGGAGAGAAUGGAAAUUUCUGCAGAGUUCGAACGCCUUGAACCGUUCAAUGCAGGGUCUCUGGUCGACCCAUAGGCGAGCCAAGGUCAACCUCAACUCAGCUUCUACCCUUCCUUCAGACUCUGGAGCCACUACACCCAUCGCUCAUGCGCCCACGGAACAACCCGCGACGGACUCAACACCCACAGACACUCCCCUGGACACGCCCACUGCAGAGGCGGAGCCCGCAGUCGCGUCCUUAGAACAGAAACCCGUGAGCGCGAAACGCAAAUUGCGCUCUACACGAGAAGAUGGAGGCAAGCGGGCGAAGCUGUCUGCGGGCAGCGUCUCGAAGGACCAUUCUCCACCCCUGACGCGCCUGUCCGACCUCGGAGGAGUGGACGCGUGCAUAGAGAAGAUGCUGGAGCUGGUCGCCAUGCCACUGUGUCAUCCGGAGAUAUACCUGCAUACGGGCGUGCAGCCGCCGCGGGGGGUGCUUUUGCAUGGCCCGCCGGGUUGCGGUAAGACCAUGUUGGCGCAUGCAAUCGCUGGGGAACUCGGCGUACCCUUCAUCAACGUAUCAGCCCCCUCAGUCGUCUCUGGCAUGUCUGGAGAGUCCGAGAAGACCCUCCGCGACACGUUCGAGGAAGCGAAGAGGGUCGCACCAUGUCUCCUCUUCAUCGACGAGAUUGAUGCUAUCACACCGAAGCGCGAGAGCGCGCAGCGGGAGAUGGAGAGACGAAUCGUCGCGCAGUUCUUGACAUGCAUGGACGACAUGUCAUGGGAGAAGAACGACAACAAGCCCGUCAUCGUGAUUGGUGCGACAAAUCGACCAGACUCGCUGGACGCUGCUCUCCGUCGGGCGGGUAGGUUCGACCACGAAAUCAGCAUGGGUGUCCCGGACGAAGAAGCGCGAGCGCAGAUCCUCCGCGUUCAGUCCGCUAGGCUGAGGUUAGAAGGAGACUUCGACUACGUGGCUCUCGCGAAGGCGACACCAGGCUAUGUGGGCGCGGAUCUCGCUGCGCUCACCGGCGCCGCAGGUAUCAUCGCCGUGAAGCGGAUAUUUAAGCAGAUAUCGGAGGGCACCCUCACACUUCCGGAGGACGUCUUGCCUCCAACAGACGGGGACACCUCUAUGGCUGUUGACUCCCCAGCCCAGCCCCCACCGCCUGUCCUUCAAAAUGAUAUCAACAAAGCCGUCCCAUUCGCUAGUUUCGACGUCUCAAAGCACACAGCCGCAUCCUCGAUCAUCCACUUCCUCCGCGCCCACCCCAACCCCCUCACCGAAGCCCAACUCGCGCCCCUCUGCAUCACGUACGCCGACUUCAUUCAAGCGCUGGAGCACGUCCAGCCCUCGUCCAAGCGCGAAGGCUUUGCGACGGUGCCGGACGUAACAUGGGCGGACAUCGGGGCUCUGCACGCGACGCGCGAGGAGCUGCACAUGGCGAUUGUGCAGCCGAUCAGGCGGCCAGAGCUGUUCAGCGCGGUCGGCAUCGUCGCGGCGUGCGGCGUGCUCUUGUGGGGCCCGCCCGGGUGUGGGAAAACGUUGUUGGCGAAGGCGGUUGCGAAUGAGUCGCGGGCGAACUUCAUCAGUGUGAAGGGCCCGGAGUUGCUGAACAAGUACGUGGGCGAGAGCGAGCGUGCAGUUCGUCAGGUAUUCUCUCGAGCGCGUGCGUCCUCGCCUUGUGUCAUCUUCUUCGACGAGCUCGACGCACUCGUACCCCGCCGCGACGACAAUAUGUCAGAAUCCUCGGCACGCGUCGUCAACACCCUCCUAACAGAACUCGACGGCCUCGACGCGCGCAAGUCUGUCUACGUCAUCGCAGCUACCAACCGCCCCGACAUGAUCGACCCCGCGAUGUGCCGGCCCGGCCGCCUCGAUAAGCUCCUGUAUGUCGACCUGCCGUCAGCCGACGAACGCGUCGAGAUUGUGCGCAAGAUGACGAGAAAGGUGCCGCUCGGGAGCGGCACUGGGGUCGAGGGCGACUCGGGCGUGAUUCAGCUCAUGAUCGAGGAGCUCGUCCGGGAACGAUGCGAGGGCUACAGCGGAGCGGACCUCGCUGCGUUGGUGCGCGAGGCGGGUGUCUCUGCGCUAAAGCGGACGUUGGGCACAUUGGAGGCGAUGGAGGCAGAGGGUGGUUUCGGGCCCGGACAGGAGCAGCACACGGUGCUAGUCUCUGCGGAGGACUUUGCGCUGGCGGCGGAGAAGGUGCAGCCGAGCGUGUCCGUGGCACAAAGGCGCAAGUAUGAGGCGCUGCGGUCUAAGUUUGCGGGGCUACCUGUGCGCAGUGGGAAAGAGGAAGAUGGGAAGCGUAUGGAGGAAAAGUAGCGCUGUAGCAUUACGACUUACCGCUCUGAACAACCGCACGAAGAGUAAUGUUACUGG